AUGACCUUUACGUAUGCUCGUAUUGGCAUGGAACUUUGGGGCAGUCAGAGCAUUGGUGAAUGUACACAACGUCAGGUGGAAAAUAUUCGCUCCAAGCGACGGGUGGUGAAAAUGAUGAUUGUUGUUGUGACCAUAUUUGUGGUCUGCUGGCUGCCUACACAUAUCUAUUUUAUCGUGCUGUCCUACGUACCAUCUCUCAACCAGUCUACAUAUAUCCAAGAACUGUACCUGGGUAUUUACUGGCUCGCCAUGUCCAGCACCAUGUAUAAUCCUAUUAUCUACUUUUGGAUGAAUUCCAGAUUCCGUCGGGGCUUCAAACAGUUCUUCUCAUGGUGCCCGUUUGUGCACGUGCCGCCGGAGACGCUGUCUCGACGUGAAGCUGUCACGUCUCGCUACAGCUACUCAGGCUCCCCGGAGGCGCAGUGUCGCAUCAUGAGGAAUGGUUCGACGAGGGUGCACGGAUCGACAGAAACGGUGACGACUCACGCGGAUAUGGCAUCCAGCUACUCGACGUACCGUGGAGAGGGCGGCCGACGCUGGCGGCCGUAUGGACGCGAUCUGUCGCACAGCGUUUCCUGA